AUGAGACGCAGAUCCCGCCCCGUUCCCGCCGGAGUCCCCCUGGCAACUGGAACGCAAAACACUGCGCGUCAUAGAGGGCGAAGAACGCCGCUUCUCCCUGGAGCCUUAAAGGGGCCGCGGCCCCGGCGCCGUUGCGGUUGCAAAGGAAGCGAUUGGGUUGCACUUUGCAUGAUGGACGGGGCUUCUGGGAAGUCGGAGAAGGAUGGCGAGGAAGCCCGAGAAGAUCCAGGUGCUUGCUCGAGAGAGGCAGUGCUCUGGAGCGUAGAUGCCAUGGGAGGGGGCUAAAAAAUAAAAAAAUAAAAAAGGAUGGGGCGGGGGAGCGAGAAAGACCGAUGCUCCCACCCCGCAGAGGCUUGGGCUAAAGAGGGAAGGGUGUGCGGGAGCCGAAUUCCCUGUGGAGCAGAGGAGACGUCCGUGGAGUCCGGGCUGCAGGACCUGGACUACACUGAAGUAGCAGCUCUCAAACGGACCUCUUUUCAAAAGAUGCAAAUUUGGGCACCCUCUCUUGGGCCGGUAGGCAGCGGAACUACUUGCCACUAGUCCUGCCACGUUUUAAAGCGACGGUGGUCCCAUCAAGGCAGCGCCCCAAUCUCAUGCUGCCUUCUUGUGCCUCAAUCCUAACAGGUGAAAAAGGCUGACACAGUGCCCCUUCUUUCAUCUGGAUCAAUGGCAGGAGUGCCAACUUUAGCACUGUAUUGGGGGCGGGCAGGUGAGCCCCCGUCCUGCAUCACAUGAUGCGGUGCACAGGCACAACUGGAAUGGCGAUGCGCAUCCAUUGCGGGAGGUGGGGUGGCCCCAAAUAUUUUGGGGGGCAAAGACCCCUUGGCCCCUAGGAGUUGGCUGCUAUGAUCAAAGGAGCUUCUGCAAAGAUGGAGCUGAGACUAAUUUCAUGAGUGAAGCACAGACACAAACAAACAAACACCACAAGUUUGUACAUUGGUUAUAUUUAUAAACGUCUCCCAUCAAAUAGACUCAAGGCAGUUUGCACCAGUGUCCUUUAAGUCCCUUGUGUUACUUUCCUUGUGCAGUAUCCAGUAGCCACAGAGGCAUAGGGUUGUAGCCAGUUAACUUUUUCUCAGAGCAGGACCAUUGAAAUUAAUGGCCAUAGUUGACUUUGGCCCAUUCAUUUGAGUGGGUGUGCUCUGAGCAAAAGUUUUGAAUGCAACCCAUAAUAUGGCUUAGGGAACCGGGUGGCACCAAGUGUAAAAGUACAUACGGAAGGAGAGAAUGUGAAAGGAAACUCACUGAGUCAGUUCCUCACCACGUCAGAAGCCUUCCUCAAGAUGCCACAGUUUUCGGCAUCCUGUGCAAUUCUGCUACAUGGAAAAUGGAGGAGCUUUUCCAGCAGAAAGAAAAGGUCUCUGCCUCGUAGCUUUUAAAACAAUACAGUUGUUUCUUGUACUGUUUUUAAAACUGCUUUUAGCUGUUUUCAUGGCGUGUUUGUAAAUCAAAUAAAUAAUAAUUAUAUAAUAGGAUAGGAAGAAGAGUUAGUAGCAUAGUAUCCUUGUAUUUUUAAAAAAAUAUCGAAAUGUUGUUUAAGUCAUUUUAAAAUAGAAAGCGGGGAGGGCAGUAAGAACACUGGAAACUGUCUUAUACAGUCAUACCUCGGGUUAAAUAUGCUUCAGGUUGAGCGUUUUCAGGUUACACUCCACAUUACUUCCAGGUUUUGCCACUUGCACAUGCGCAGACGCUCAAAAUGAUGUUACGCGCAUGCGCGGAAGCAGCGAAUUGCGACCUGCGCAUGCGCAGACGCGGGUUGCGUUUGCUUCAGGAUGCAAAUGGGGUUCCGGAAUGGAUCCCGUUCGCAACCAGAGGUACCACUGUACUGAGUCUGACCAUUGGUCCAUUUUGCUCCGGGUUGCCUUACUUGCUGCCAGCCAUUAUGUUGAUGGACAGCAAUCCUGCAGGAUUUCAGACAGGUGUUUUUCCCAGUUGCACCUGGAGAUGCCAGAGGUUGAACCUGGAACCUUCUGCGGGCAAAGCAGAUGCUGUAUCACUAUGCUACAGCCGUUCCCAUAUGUGCCGGCAGGUUGUUAUAAUUUUUUUAAAGAAACAACCACUACUACUAAACCUUAUUGAAAAAUUGGCAGAGUGGUUAAGAUAGUGCCUCCACCUUCCCAACGAACAUACAGUAACUGUUGUGGAGGCCUGCAGAAAUGAGAUAGAUCUAAUAUUUAUAGCUUCUAUGCAUUAUUAAAAUAUUGUUCCCACUAAUGUCAUUUUCAUUUACUAUGGAAAUGUUCAAUAAAAGGAAAUACUUCCAGAUUCAACCAGACUGUCAUGAUUAAAGCUGAAGUCCUUAAACCUAAACACCCUUGCAUGGGAGUAAGUGGCACUUAUUUCUGAGUAGAUUAUGUAUUUGAUUGCACUCUAAGUCCAAUCGAAAAUGAUAACUGAUCCUUUGCAGAUUUAUUUGUAAUUAAUUACUAACUGAAUUCAAUUGGAGCGGUAAGCCAUGACCUGGAAUGGGGUCCAUUAUCUGCAAAGCUGUUGACCUUAAACAUUCACGUACUGGAAACUGUCAUUAGGAUUAUAUUGCAUACCAACAAUUUACCUAUAUAUGUUUAUGUUAAACAGACAGCAAAGUCAUUGGAAGAGAACAGUUGCCCCCAGAAGCUGUUCAAUCAGGGAGGUAAGUAAGUUAAAAGAUUGAUACAAAUGCAUGGGAAAAGGGUCUGUCAAUAGAAAAUUUGCUGAAGCAGCUAAAAAUGAAGCGUGGCAACACGCUGGUCAUCACAAAAUUCUAGUUAUCUACGCUAGAAUUGAGUGACUGUGGCCCUCAGCCUAAUUUUAGUGCCCCCUCUGCAAGCAAUCAGUUUAGACUACCUCUUGUGAGAGUGAACUGUCCCUCUCCCAACACCCCAUAGGGUGAGGGUGGGGAGAAAGAUGGUGUGGCUCCACUCACUGUCAAUAGGCAGCCUCUGACAAAUUGUCCCCCAGAGCAACACAGUCCUCAGCUGAAAAAAAGGUGGCUGAUUCCAGACCUAUAGCAUGCUUCCAUUGUCAAAAAUUCCAGAGCUGUAGUCUUUUUUUUGCUCUUGGAGCAAAAAUACUGAAGAGCCUUGUGGAACCUGAAAGACCUAGCAAACUUAUCAUGGCUCCCUCCCAUACCCACGUGUGGAAGGGAACAUAACACUUCAUGCAUCGGAUGAAGUAGACUGAAAGCUUAUGCUUAUGGGGGUCUUCCCGGAGUUGUCUAGCUAUAUGAACGUAAACAGUGGCGUAGCGUGGGUUGUCAGCACCCGGGGCAAGGCAACUAACCCGUGGAUUUGCGCCCCCUAAUCCUAACCCCCAGAUGUUGCGCCCGGUGCGGCCGGCCCCCCCUGCACCCCCCAUGCUACGCCACUGAACGUAAAGAUCUCCAACAAGGCAGUUAUGUAUUGGGGAGCUAAACAUUUCAGGCAGCGAUGCAAAAGUCUCGCUUAUUUUUGAGCCAUUUUCUCUUCUCUCCUGAAUUCUGGAACAUGGAAAGUGGCACUUUGCUAAAUUACAAAUUGCAUAGUGGUAUUGCCUUUCGCCAGGCAAAUUGUUUGGUAAUAGCUAAGGGCGUGUCCUUUGUGGGAGAUGUACAGAGAGCCCUGAUGGAAUGCUUAGAAUGUGAUGGCCAUGUAUUUGAAAAGGUGACACACAGGCACACACAAUUUGGGGUGGAGCUGAUAGAAGGGUGUGUGUGUGUGUGUUAACAAUAGAGUUGGUUUGAGUAAGUCAGAGGACCUGAUGUUGGUUAGACAGGGGUCAGAAAACUUUUUCAGCAGGGGGCCAGUCCACUGUCCCUCAGACCUUGUGGGGGGCCGGACUAUAGUUUGGGGGGGGGAAUGAACAAAUUCCUAUGCCCCACGAAUAAACCAGAGAAGCAUUUUAAAUAAAAGCACACAUUCUACUCAUGUGUGCUGAUUCCCAGACCAUCCAUGGGCUGGAUUUAGAAGGCGAUUGCGCCGGAUCCGGAACCCGGGCCUUAGUUUGCCUACCCAUGGUUUAGCAUGUGUGCUGGUCCUUCUAGGACUAGCUGCAGAUUGCUUCAGCCUGCUUUCUGCUGCAGAGAAGCCCAUUAUUUCAAAAAGGUUGUAAGUCUUCAGCAAUCUUUCCUCCAUAAGGAAGGCAACCCUUGUUAAGUGCUGCCUGUGGAAUUUCACACUGACAAAAUGUAAUGGCAGGAUGGAGUCACGUAGCUGUGAUGCACUGUGGGAUUAGAUUAUCCUCAGGCUGCCGGCCUGAAACUUUCAUAACUUGUCUGUUGUCACAGACAGAGGUUGAGGCUUUCCAGCACAUGCUUCCCUGUAUUUCUUGACAGAGUUUUAUAAAUAAAUAGUGAGGCAUUUCAAGUAACGCCCUGGAAGGGAAACCCUCAGACAGGAAGCUACAGGCACCAUGCAAAGUUGAUUUGUUGUAUGAAUUCACAGGGCAUUCAGCCUUAAUAAUAUUGCUGUAGGUAUUUUCCCUUCCAGAAAUGCUUUUGAUGGUAUCAAAGGUUGAGCAAACAAUAUCGGAUCCUGAACGGAGGAUAAUUAUAUAUUGCUAAUUUAAAUAAUGGCUUUAUUGUAUUUGAUACAAACUAUUUAACUGCCAGGGGUCCUUCACCUUUACCUUUAUUGCAUCCACAGUUGGGCUGUAUGCUUUUUGAAACAUUUAUAAAUAAAAAACUUAUUUACCUUGGUUCUCGAACGUAAUCUGUUCUGGAAGUCCAUUUGACUUCCAAAACGUUUGAAAACCAAGGCACAGCUUCCAAUUGGCUUAGGCGCCCCAGAAACAAUAGCUAACAGCUGCAUCGGAUGUUCGGCUUCUGAAAAAGGUUCGAAAACACUUCUGGAACACUUCUGGGUUUUUGGUGUUCAGAAGCCGAUUUGUUCGUCAACUAAGCCAUUCAAGAACCAAGGUUCUACUGUAGCACAUGAAGAGGUCAAGCUUGAUUGCCUAAAAGGUUUGCUGCCAUUUAACUUUAAAGUCCAUUAUUACUCAGAAGUCUGGACUACAGCUCCCAUUAUCCUUAAAUGGCUCUCAAUUUCAAAUUGUGUGUGCAUCGGUCCUUAGCGUUGCAGCGUUGCAGAGGCAAUCUUCAUGAGCUAAAUGUGUCAUUUAUUUUUAACAUAGGGCAUCUGAAAUUGUUGUGACAGUUUCAGAGUUUUACAACAGUGAGAUGGAGCCAGAGGAGACCGUAGAGAGGAGAGAGAUAGGCACAGGUAUUGUAUUGUUGCUGCUGUGGAGUGCUUUAAGAAAGCAUAACACCUGGAGUAGGCAGAGGGAAGGAAGUCACUACAUUGUGGCUCACAAACUUGCUGCAGGGUUGCCAUCAAACGCCAAAACAUACACACCAGCCAGUUACUGUUCGCUUGCUUUCCUAGUGCUAUUGCUCAUCCAACUAGAGCUGUCUCCAGGUGUUUUCCAAAGCAUGCAGGGGUUAAAAGAGGGCAAGGGGUGCACACGCAAGACCCACCUUUGUUGUUCUCACAUGCCUGGCAUUCCCUUGCAUGUUGAGCAAGAAGGUCUAACCGCAUUCACCUGGAAGGGACUAGACGCCACCUGAAGAUUGGGAAUCCAAGACUGGGACUCUUCCCAAUGUGAACCACCUGGACCCUUAAAUCUUCUUCUGAGGCCCUUCUCCAGGUCGCUCCUCUGAGGAAGGCUCAGAGGGUGGUGGCAAGGGCAAGGGCCUUUUCAGUUAUGGCUUUCCAUUGGUGGAAUGCUCUCCUCAGUGAGGCCCGCCUAACGCCUUUUUUGACAUCUUUCAAGUGCCAGAUAACGACUUAGCUUCGCUCCCUGCCCAGCUUUUGAUGGACCAAGAUGUUGUUUUGUUACUAGUGUGCUGCCAAAGCUUCCCGUGGUUGUUAUGGGACUUGUUUUGUUUUUAAUUUGUUUUCUUUGUUUUCAUGUUUGUAGUUGUAUCAUGAGUCUCUUUGGGACAUUAAUGUGACCAGUGGCUUAAUCAUCAUCAUCAACAUCAUCCCUGAUUAUGCAGUUCCAAAUCACAUGGUGGCUUCUAACUACAUUCAGCUGAAUGCAGUUAGAUGUCUCCUUAAUGCCUGUGCCAAACAAGUAACGGUUGAGUGGAUAAGGGAUAUGCCUAGCGUACAAUGGCCACUGAGGCCACUGGGUUUUAGGGUAUCACUACCAGUGCAGGCGACAGAGCCUAGGACUUGCCAAUCAGAAGGUUGGCGUUUCGAAUCCCCACAGCGGGGUGAGCUCCCUUGCUCAGUCCCAGUUCCUGCCAACCUAGCAGUUCGAAAGCACGUCAAAGUGCAAGUAGAUAAAUAGGUACCACUCCGGCAGGAAGGUAAACGGCGUUUCCGUGCGCUGCUGUGGUUCGCCAGAAGCAGCUUAGCCACGCUGGCCACAUGACCCGGAAGCUGUACGUUGGCUCCCUCAGCCAAUAAAGCGAGAUGAGCGCCGCAACCCCAGAGUCGGCCACGACUGGACCUAAUGGUCAGGGGUCCCUUUACCUUUACCUUACCAGUGCAGGCACCUGUGGGCGCCAUGCUGCAGAAGGUACCACACCAAUGCUUUAGAAUGGAGCAUGAGACACAGAGUGGGGGUGCCAAAUUUUAGCGUCAGGCGCCACUGAAAUUUGAUACCCCAAAGUCUGCCAAGGUUCCCAUCACUGGCGGAGGAAGAGGAGUGCGGAGGAAGCGCACUGCCCCCAGCAGCACAAUCCCGGUGGGGUGCCAUGGUGGCUGCCCUCCUGCCCGCACUGGGCACCACGCCCCCAUGUGUGCCAUGCCCCUGGGACACGCGCCAGCCCUGCUCCCACCUGCUCUCCGCCCCUAUGGUGCCAGGGCAUGAAGCUCUGCCACUGGUUCCCAUCAACCCCAACCAGCAUGGCUGGUGAUCAGGACGAUGGAAUUUGUAGUCCAACAACACCUAUAGUCCAGCAUCACCUGAAGGGCCACGGUGUCCCUGCUAUGCUGGUUGAGCAGGUAUGAGACAGAUGCAGAAGGAAGCGCUCAGACAGUUCCAGGCUGGCAGCGAUUCCGGAUCAGCCUCUUCAAAUCCAGAUCAACUCUUUGCAUACCAGAAGCAGCCUUUCAGAUCAGGCAAAACUGGUUUUAGCCUUGGGGGUGGAUAUGAGCCCAGAUGCUUGGAACAAGGGAUUUCUUGCCUCAGCUGGUUGCCCAAUAGGGAUUGUUCUGCACACAUCAUUGCCUUGACUGUACAAAGGCCUACAGAGCUUACACCUCCCCUUUCUGUCAUAGAACAAUGCACACACAGGGAACGCUAGAAAAGUCUCGUUCAUUUGGUAUUGCAGCAAAAGCCCUGCCCUCUAUAAAUUCUACCUUACAUCCUGUGCUGUGCUAUUUAGUGCAUAGGAAUGGUGGCUGGGCAAGAUUUUUAGAUCAGUGUGUAAUUUUUCACACGCUAGAAAACAGUUGACUUAAAUUCUCAUCACAGAAUAGAUGUGCCCACCUCCCCAGUAAAUCCCUUGAUAUUAUGGUACUAUUUUCAGCAUAAGGCAAACUGAUGUAUUUUUAGUGUGGAUUCAUUUAAAAGAUGCCUAUAUUAAAAAUACCAUUUGGUUUCCCAGAAAAGGUCAGGAUAGAUGUUUUGUGUUUCUCUAAGUAUGUAAGUGCCAUCAUAAUGCUGUUUAUAUGAACAGGUCCUGAAGAUCAUCCAGGAAGAGAUAAAAGUGGACCAUCCACUUCUCCAGCUAGGUAACAACAACAACAGCAAGUCCUUGCAUUAGUCAAAAUGGUUAUUAAUGGGGUGUACCUUAUUACAAGCGGGUGGUGGAUGAAAUUUCUGCUCACUCUUCUGACAUUAUUUAUGAGCUUUCCCUCUAACUUAUUGCAUCUUGUUCAAACUGGUCCGCGAUGUGUCAUGGAAGGUGGACUACAGAUUUCCAGACUGUAGAAGAUACCACAGCUAGAUUUCUGGGUCUCAUGGGAAAGCCUGCUUCACCUUUUAGAAAUAAAAAUGUAGCAUUUUUAAAUUUAAUUUAAAUUUUUUUUUUUAGUGCUCCUUAGGUGUUUGUUUGAAAGAUGUAGAUAUUUUGCACUCCCACCACCUUUGGGGCUCCCCCAUGUAUGCUGAUCUCUCCUCCUUCCCCCCAACCCCGGCUCCGUGGCCCAAGUUUCGCUCCAGUCCUGUUGACACUUGUUGUCACUGCUCGAGUUUGCUCUUAGAAGGAGCGGCAUGCAUCGCAACUGAAUGGAAAACAUGUUUAUUUCUGGCAGGCUAUGCUGUGGUCAGAAUCAGAAUUCCUCAGGAACUGGCAGUAGUAAUUACCGACGUACUAUUUGUGCCGUGGAUAGAAAGCUCCAGGGCUUGCCUGUGUUGUUAUGAGGCUCAACGAUGUAAGUGUCUGUGUUUGCGCAGAUGCUGACAUAAAAAGUGUGGGGCUUCCUCUAAUUCAAUUGCUUGCCCUUUCCCUCAAGCACUAAUACAUCGUUUUUCCAUCUGCCAAGGUCAGAGAGCCCAGAGGGAACGGCUGACAGCAGUCAAAAGCCAGGAUUAGAUAUUGCCCCCUUUGAAAGAUCAGCAGAGUUCUCCUCCCCAGAAACCACUGACUCUUUAUCCUCAAGCAAAGGUACUGUGUUCUAACUUCUGCAUGCGCCAAGAGAGAAGGACUGUAACUUGGGGGGGGGGGGCUAUUUCCCAGCUCCACCUGGAGAUGCUGAAAUUGAACCCUGUUUGUGGAAUGCUCUCCCCAGGGAGACUCGCCUGGUGCCUUCAUUACAUAUCUUUUAAGGCCCCAGGCGAAAACAUUCCUCUUCAGCCAGGCCUUUGGCUGAUUAAGCAAUCUAUGGCUUUUUAAAUGUGUCUGUUGAGGUGGGCAUUUUUGUCUGGUUUCCUGCUAUUAUGCUACGUGUUUUGUGUUUUUACGUUGCAAACUCCCCUGUGAUCUUUGGAUGAAGGGUGGUGUAUAAAUUUAAUAAAUAAUAAUAGUAACCUAGGACCUUCUCUCACACUCAGCUAUGGCCCUUUCCAAAUCGGUGCUCCAACCUUCCUUUGCAUGUUAAAGUGGAACAUAGGAAGCUGCCUUAUACCAAGACAGGCCAUUGGUCCACCUAGUUCAGAAUUGUCUGCACUGAUUGGCUCUCCAGUAUUUCAAGCAGCGGACCUUUUGAACCUGGAUUGAACCUGGGAACUUCUUACUGCAAGGCUGCAGCAAUGUUUUCCGGGGGGGGGGACCUUUUUAUGAGGGGACAGCUUAAGCGAGAGAGAGGAAAUGUGGAGCCAAACACUCUUACAGUUUAAGUGCUUGAACAAGAAGAGGGAAAUUAAAAAUAUAUAUUAUACCAAUAGCGCUUUCAAGCACUUCAUGUGCAUCAUCUAGUCGUAAUCAUUGCAACAGCCCUGCAAGGUAAGGUGAUUCUUAUCUCCCGUUAUUGAAAUUUGAGGAACUGAGGCUGAGAGACAGUGGGUUGCCUAAGGUCACCUCAUGAAUUCAUGCACUCCUGCCAAUGUGUUUGCACCACCUUGUGUCUUCCAGUAAGCAACAGUGACCCACCUUGGUGGCUCUGCCUCACCUGACAAGCGACUUCUGCUUGUCUCUGCAUUCCUUGCCAAAUCAAUGUCACCCUCAAGUGUCUGCCCCACUCCCUGUCCUGCAAAGGAACUAGAGAUCUGGCUCUGAGGGAGAUAUCUGGGGGUGUAGGCGUUCUGGGGUCAUCAGAGUGGCCCCAAGACUGAGAUGUCCCAUUCAUGAAGGACAGAUAAUCUUGAUGGUCUGUAGCUCGUACGCAAUGGAGAUUUGGUCAACCGUACGCAUACCUAGUUCGGCUUGUACUCAGCAGGAUCCAAGGGCCACCCUGCAAUACUGGGAGGAAUCAGAAGAGAGAGCUCUGCUGGGUACCACUUAAGGAGGUGAGCAAUUGAUGUGUGUUGCUUUUCCAUGUUUCUGUUGAGUUUGAUCAUGUCGCUGUUGAGUAACAACAGCCAAAACCCCGAGCAGUGUGCUUUUCUUCCAAAUGAUCGUGAAGAUGACAAGAAGAAAUCACACUUCCUCCUUUUAUUCUUCAGCAUUAAAUUAAAGUUUGGUUUAAAAUUUAGGUAUAAGAGGGUGUGAAUUGCAGAGGUGCCAUGAAACAAGGACUGAAGGGCAGGGCAGUCUUCUGUAUUUUAAGCCGAAUCGUCUUCACAAGAUUAGGCUCAAGGCUGAAAUUCCUUUUGUUGUGGUUUUGCUUUGGGGGUAGAGCUGUUUCCCCUUUUUUUCAUGACUGUUUCCUUAAGGUUGCUUAUAUGCAUUUGCUCUCUUUUCCAGGGCUAGCAUAACAACAAAUGGAUGGAUUUUGUAGUCAGUUCAAAGAUUAGGGUAAUAAUAUGUUUGAACAGGUGGCAUCAUGAGUGGGAUUCUUAUAAUGGGUCUAAACCACAGUUCCCUAUAUUGGCCACUGGCCCAUUCCUUCUGCCAUUUUGCUUUUCCGCUGCUUAGAAGCUGCGAGUGACAAAGAUAACUCUUGUGCCUCAAAGACAACAAAGGAGCUUGGAGUUUGCUUUGAGACAUUAAUUAUUCAGCUUGCUUACACGUCUUAUGUUGUGUCUACUGAAAAGGGAGGCAUUGGAUGCAGUUGCUGUUGAUCAAUCCGGAAAACUUUUGGGAAGAUCAGUCUCAAUGCAGACAGAUAAGAGCUGGCUUUAUGACCGCUACAAGAAAAGGCGUAAGUAACCGGCUGCUUGUGCUGUCUAUCUAUCUAUCUAUCUAUCUAUCUAUCUAUCUAUCUAUCUCUCACACAUGUACACAGACACACACAGAAUAGCAGCGAAAAAAUCUCCACUGUAAUCUCCAUGCAUAGAAUUAACAAUUUAGCUACAUAAGAAACCACCCCAAGCCUGAUCUGAUUAUUUGCCCGUGUAAACGUAGGUUGUCCACUCUGACCGGCAGUGCCUCUCCUGGGUCUCAGAAGGGGUCUUUCCCUCAUCUCCUUAAAAUCAGAGGUGUUAGGGAUUGAAAGCAGAGCCUUUUGCUUGCAAAACAUGUGAUUAUUCUGCUGCAAUGUGUUAUAGGUUGGGUUGCGUUUGGCAAAGGCUGUUCUAUAGUUAGGCCAGAUGUUAUGUUCUUUUUUGCUUACUUUGCAGAUCCAAAGGAAGACAAGCUUCGUCCUGAGAAUGGUAAAUUGGUCCUCAGCACAUCAAUUUCUCCUUCAUUUUGAGCCCUGCCUUGUUUUGUUUUUUUAGUCUUGUGUGACUCCAUGGAGGGGAUUGGGUGUGAAAUCUAGGCGGUAUAACCCCAGCUCAGCCAUAAACUCAAGAGAAUGUGGGAACCUUGCUAUUCCUCAGUCUUAAAUCAUGGUCUGUAAAAUGGGAAUGUUAACAACCUGCUUUACAUUGCAAGGCGAUGAUCAAUGAAAUGUGUAUUGUGACACACUGAAGGUGGAGGCAGACUUGUGUGCAAUCCUACGGUUGCCUAUGGCGAACAGGUUUUGCAGGCUUUUUAUUGCUUCGAAAGCUUGCAAAACUGAUCCGAAGAGUGGUGGCGGGUCAAAAAAGAAAGAAAAAUUUACAUCACAGGAAAUGAUGCUACUCUCACUGUCUGUCUCCAGCCUCAGACUGGAUUUAUGUCAGCACUUCUUGUUCUGUUUCUUCAGCAUCUCGUUGUUCCAAGAUAUUAUUCGGUUGCUUUUUUUUGGUGAAUUUGUGCUUUUCCCUUGUGAAUAUCAGCACACAAAUACUUGCAGCAGCUACUCUGGCCUGCGCUCUGAGGCAUCUGCUUCCAAGUUUCCCAUUUUAAAUGGCAAGCUGUAGCCUUGACAGGUAGACAACCCCAAACGAUGGUUUAAACUGGCAAGCGCUUCUUCUUUUAACCUCUAGCAAUGCUCCAUUGCUGCUUAUUUGCUGGGUAGAAUCCAGAUGCGGCUCCUCAAGGAGCACAUUCCCCACCCUGCCCAAUUUUUCACAGUUUACUAUUCCACUCUUCCUUCAGCAAUGGAACCACAUGGGCAGGCGCUGGCUGUUCCUUUGAGCCUCCCUCCCUCCCCUCUUGCCAUGUUGUGGCUUUUAUUCUAUUCUGACCACUAUAUUUUUAACGCUGUGAGGCUGAGUGCUCCACCACUGCACUCCUAAGGCACAGGGGCAUUCUGCCUAAAAACAAAUUCAGGCUUGUCUUUGGGCAGCCCACCGUAAGCAGACAAAAGCAAUAACGGCAUGGCAGCAGGCCGGUCUAGAUAACGCAUGCAAAUCCAUGAAAGUAACUAAGGCAAGGCUUUUGGGGGGAGAGCUCAAAAAGCACCUGAACGCAUGCAAAGAGGCCUACAGCAGGCUUGAUAGCACAGUAUGUCUCCUUGAAAGUAAGAGCCACUGAGCUUAUGGGAAUAUCUGUUGAUAACCAGUCUUAAGACAGUUCUUUGCCAUCUUGAGGCAAAACAGGAUGUGCCAUUUUGGCCUGACUCUGUUGCCAUUCCCACCACCACCACUUACCUGCUCCUGGUCCCACCUUGCCACAUCCACCGCUGGGGGAGAAGUGACACAACCAUUGGCACCAAUUUGGGGCAAAAUCAUGUCAAUUUUAUUUAUUUUUUCCCCAUUUUUUUAAUUGAUUUUCCAAAUUUAAAACAAACACACAAAAAGAAAAGACAUUACAAUAUUAGAAAUAGAAACAAACAAACAUAUAAACACCUAACUGUUAAAGGCCCAAUUUAAUUUACAUUGUUAAGUGAAUUCCUCAAAUCUCUCCUAACUGAAUUUCAAUAAAUUUCAUUGUAACGGUUUUCCAAUAUCUACUUUUCGAUAAAAUUUGCUUAUUUAAAUUUCUAUCUUCCUUCCUUUUCAUAACAUUUUCAGUCCAUAAUGUUAUAGAAUUCAACAUAUUUUAAUCCUAGGCCAAUUUAGUACUUUCAAGUGAUUCUACUUAUGUGAUAUUCGAAUAUCUAGCUAAAUAAUCCUUAAAUUUCUUCUACUCUUCUUGAUGUUCCUCUUCUUUCUGAUUGCGGAUUCUUCCGGUCAGGUCAGCCAGCUCCAAAAAGUCCAACAUCUUCAUCUGCCAUUCUUCCACUGUUGGUAUUUCUAAAAUCAUGCCAAUUUUAAGUGACGCCUUGCAGGCUCUGCAAGAUCUGGCAUGAUUUCAGGCAAGAAUUCACCCAAAAUGGAGGCGCUCUUGCCCAAAAUCGGUGCUGCUGGCAGAGGCAGUGGUGCAAGCGGGACACCCAUGGGCCUGAAGCAGCAUCUUCACCUUGCCUAAUGACUGGACUGGCUUUGCUUGCCAGUGUACAUUCACCGACAUGUGGAACUGGAGGACCAGUCUUCUAAGGGCACUUCCAAGAGAGAUAGUUGAUGGUCUAGUGACAUCAUGCACAAACACAAUGGAACAUGUGCAGUGUCUCUGGGAAAGGGGUAUCCCCCCUCCCAGAACAUCUUGAGCUGAACAGCUGGCCCUGCCAUCAGUCCAUGUCCACUGGGCAUAUGGAUGGGCACAAGCUGCGGCACCCUGCUCUUUGUGUACUGGGAAGGAUUUGCACAUGGCAGAGGUAGCCAACAUGGUGUCCUCCAGAUGCUUUGAACUGCAACUCCCAUCAUCCCUCACCAUUGGCCACACUGGCUCGGUAUGAUGGGAGCUGUAGUCUGAAACAUGUUCAAGGUAUCACAAUUGGCUGUUGCUGGCCUAUUGCUACUUCAGCAUCCCCAGUCCUAAAUAAGCCAUGUGGGUGUGUCCUUUGAUUCAGACCUAAAAGCAAGAACGGACCAAUUUCCUAACCCAUUCUCCUUGUGUAUGUUUAGAUAUCUACGCCGUCUGGUAUGAGGACCUCAGCUGCUUAGACAUUUUGUGCGACACAGAGGUAUUUGUCACUCGUGGUCUCUGCACAUUUUGGUCAAAGCAUCCUCCCAACUCAACGUCCCCACCUCCAUCCCUUUCCCUUUCAGCCAAAUCAAGGCUGAUGCCAUUCAUCUUUGGGAACAUUCUGGGCAACGGGGUUCGAGAUUUGAAAUGGAAUUAAUCUCUUGUAUUGUAUUGUUUUCUUUUUCUUUUAAGUUUCAAGAAGACUUCUUAAAGCUGUUUCGGGAAUCUCUACGCACCCUGUCCAGCGUUGGUCCACCAACAAUACUAGCCUUUAGGCCAGAAUCAUCAAGAGAAGACAUUAAUUUUGAGGUGGUGUCUCUAUCCAUUCUGUGGUUUGUGCAUGUAGUAUAACCAGGGAGAUGCGUGUGUAAAAUAACACACAGGGAAAUGUGUGGUGCAUUGCACACUUUUGUGCAAACCUACAGUGUAGUGCUUUUGAAGUGUCACCACUUAUGAAUGCAUGUCUCUGUGUGACUGAAUGUCCCAUUUCCUCUAAACACACACACACACACACACACACACACACACACACACACUUCUCUCUGAUGUACUAACUUUCUGUAUGCAUAUUUCAACAUGUAACCCCAAACCCCUGCCACCAGCACCUGCAUCUCAGAAGGGGCUAUACCACAUACUUUUAAAAACAUACUGAUUUGCUUAGGUAAGUAGCCUAAGAAGAACGCCACAUAAAGACAAAAUAAAAUGGUAAGGAGCAUUCAGAAGUGGAAGAGUUGAAACUAUUUGGUUUCUAGAGGCAGGUGUACUCCAGAAAUAUAUGUGGGGAAGCCUCAUCCUGUGUCUAGAUUGCCGUUUGUCAUGCUUUCCAGGAAACAGAUGGCUCUAAGAUCCUUAAAGAAAUUGGAUCAUUUACAGUUACCUGUAAUCCCUUGAGAAAGGGAAAGGGAAACAAGACUCUCCAAGCCAUCCUUGAUGUUAAUCAAGAUUAACAAGUCUGGAUUUGGGAGAGGAGACCAGGAAAGGAACAACAUGUGAUAUAGUUCAGUGGUCUUGGUGUGUUACUGUUUGACACCACCUGUUCCAGUAAAAAAUGAGAGCUGCAGGCAAGUUGAAGAGGUGUAUGGGUCUUUUUUUAGAAAUGUGCAAGAAUUUGAGGAAGCAAGCUUUGUUGAACUGAUAGCGGAAAUUAGAUUAUUGGAUUAGGAAAAGGCACCCGUUCUUUAAACCUUAUGUUACUUUCCCUCUCUCCAUUCAGCAUUUUGCUAGCCAAAUUUUACAUUAGUCAUUUUUAAAUUUAUUUUUAAAAGAGCAGCCACAUGAAUUGCCUGAACACUGUAGUAAAUUCUGAUGAAAAUCCAUUGCAGAAACAUCGCCAUUUCCAAUUUACAGGGUGUAGGAUGGGUAGGGAGAAUAAUAGUAUUAUUGCAAAAGCCAAAAACCAUCAGGGUUGAAUGACCUCCUUGCAUCACCUCUUUUAAGGUGAUCGAUUGAGAAUUCAUUUAAGAAAAGCAAUAUUCUGAAAUCCAAUGGUUUGAGAUUUUCCCCAGGAGCAGGGAAAUUAUAAUCAUUUAGUGUUUUCAUUACUUACUUUGUUGGAGAGAUGAAUUAGUCAUAAUUAUCUAUAAGAAAGAAGCAGCUACGUUAUUCCUAUAUGCAGAAUUGACUGGUUCUGGCACUUUGUUUGCAUAAAGUUUGUUCCACGGGUUCUUAUUAAAAGGGCACAGUGCCUUAUUGUCUAAUGAUGUACACAAGUUGCUGGUAUGUACCAAAUUUUGAAGUAAUACUGAUGGAACCUGCCAAGUUCCAGUUCUGCUUAAUUUAGGCACACAAAGUUCUGCCUGACUUCAGUCAGGAGAUGAAUCUCACAACCUUGAUAUUGUAUACAGGAAUCUCAACUCUCUUUUUGCAUUUUGCAGAGUGAGAUGUUGCAUGUUAUGGACAUUUAGGAGGCAGUCCUGUGAAAGUUAAAUACUUAUAAAUCUCACUGAUUUCCGUGAGAGUGAGCUAAGCACAGAUUUCAACUCUCCCUCCAAAGUAAUGGGACUUUUAGGAGUUAUUAAUGGUCCUGCCGAGCUGCUCGCUAAAAUAAUAUCUGACAGCUAAAUGCAAAAAAUGUAGCCUCUGGAUUGUAGCCAAAAUAUGUAUUUGCAAUAUUUUAUUUAAAUGCCUUAAAAGGAAGCGUUGUGGGAAUAACAGGAAGGGGCAUUCUUUUAAAGCCAUCAGAGUUUGUCAGCUGUAGCCUGAGAAUUUGCAUGUUCAGCAUGCAUCCUGUUUCUGCAUUUGAACUUGAGGGUGGCUGUGGUCAAAAUGACUUGCUCUCCACUGUCAAAAAAUAUAUAUGAAUAUACUGCAGGGCCAAGGGAAGAUAUUCCCACCUGCUCUGCAGUCUUUUCACAGCACCUGAAUGAGACUUGCAGACAGCAGUCUGAGAACCUCUGCAUUAUGGGGAUAGAGAUCUGAGAAAAAGCUGGGAAGUAGGGAUUAUUUGCUUAGCAUUAUAACUAGGCCAUAUCCUUCUUCGACAAACUGGCACCCUCCAGAUUUUCUGGACUACAAUGCCCAUCAACCCUAUCUUUUUAAAUAGGGUAUGUUUCCAGUACGUUUCCGAGCACAAUUCAUAGUGUUGGUGCUGACCUUUAAAGCCCUAAACGGCCUCAGUCCUGUAUACCUGAAGGAGCGUCUCCACCCCUAUCGUUCAGCCCAGACACUGAGAUCCAGCGCCGAGGGCCUUCUGGCGGUUCCCUCAUUGCGCGAAGUGAGGUUACAGGGAAUCAGACAGAGGGCCUUCUUGGUAGUGGCGCCCACCCUGUGGAACGCCCUCCCUUCAGAUGUGAAGGAAAUAAGUAACUAUCCUAUCUUUAAAAGACAUCUGAAGGCAGCCCUGUUCAGGGAAGUUUUUAAUAUUUAACGCUGUAUUGUUUUUAAUACUUGAUUGGGAGCCGCCCAGAGUGGCUGGGGAAACCCAGCCAGAUGGGCGGGGUAUAAAUAAUAAAUUAUUAUUAUUAUUAAAUAAACUUUUUCAUAAUGCUUUUCUUCACUUCAGAAACUUUUCACGAUUCUGGGGACAAGCAACCAAAACAGGAGAGGACUGCACCCCAGUUCCCACCCUUGCCUAGCCCUGCAAGCCUUUCCUUCGAAUGAGCAGCCUCCUUUGUUCAGUAGAUGCAGCCCUCAGUGCUGGUCACUGCAUGUUAUGAGUAAAUGCAAUGCAGUAAUUUUAAUUUUCGAUUUGGAUGCAUGGCCUCUAUUUUAUUAGGGAUGGCAUUCCCGACAACUUUAACAUUGCCCCCUGCUGCUCAUUCACUGUAGCGCUGCAUUGAAUUAUUUCUGCUGCUGUUUAUUCUUUCCCUGGAGCUUUGGAAAGCCAAGGAGCUGCUUGUUUUCUUAUGCCGUUUACAGAAGGAGGCUUAAAAUAAGCCUGUUCAGAUUGCUUGCUGUGGCCUUUUAGCAUGCCUUUGGGGAGAAUUUAUGCCCAGGUAAUACAAAAAAAACCAUGCAGUCCUUAACACAGGAACCUCCCCUCCAUUUUCCUCAUCUACUUAGUUUUGGACGAAAGUGAAUACUGUCAGGUGACUUGAAGGGCUUCAGUUUCACUUAUUUACACUCUGAGAGGUUUAAAAAAUACUUAAUUCUGACCAAGAGCAGAGUCUUGCACAUUGUUGUUGCUGUUAUUCCAUUUUCAGUACAUGCUUGCACCUUUAAAACACAUUUGAAGCACAUCCUUUCCCUCAAAAAAUUCUAGGCGCUGUAGUUACCGGGAAUUGGAACACUGGGAGGGAAUAAGCUACACGUAUUUAUUUUGCUUUAACUUUUGUGUUAAGAAGAUACAGGGGUAGGAUUUGUGUUUUACCAGAUGCACUGCGAUUUGUGCAUCUGAGGCUUGACUAUGACAAAAUCAUAAGUUUGUAAUGACCAGCACCAGCAUACCUCACAUGCCUCAAAGUUGGCAAAAUGGCUAAAAACAGUUGCAAAAGAAUCUGUUGCAAAUGUAAACAUAACAUGUCGUGAGCUGGAUCCAGAGCGGCGCACCAACUCCUAGGAGUAGGGUGAAUUCAGCCCCCUCAAAAUCAGCUGGCACAGGGCUGGGCUCUGCGCUUGGCCUCCUCCCGAUGAUGCGAUGUUGCAUGUGCAUUGCGUGUAUGAUGUCACACUUGUGCAACACAUGCUGGGCCCAUGACAUCACAUGUGAACGCUGUGCACCAGGAACCACCUCUCCCCCAAUAUUGGGUGCAAAAUGGCAACUCUGAUCCAGAGUUACUCUCAGCAGAGUUCUGCUUGCUCUGGAGGAAGGAGAUAGGAUUGUUGAUUGUUCCUCCCCGGCCCCUUGCUGCUUGUGACCCUCAACCCUUUGGAGCAGCUUGUGAGGUAGCACAGGGGGCUGCACAGGGAAAGAGAAAUUGGCUAAAACAGCUCCCCCAUCCCUUCUCCAGUGGAGAAGUUUUUAAUGUUUGAUGUUUUAUCGUGUUUUUAAUAUUCUGUUGGGAGCCGCCCAGAGUGGCUGGGGAAACCCAGCCAGGUGGGUGGGGUAUAAAUAAAUUAUUAUUAUUAUUAUUAUUAUUAUUAUUAUUAUUAUUAUUGCCUCCACAGGGUCUCGGUGCCUUACAUGAAUGGAAAGAGCCUUUUUGUCCAUGGAAUGACCAUGGAUCAGAUGCAAUAAAACAGACAACAGGAAUGAAAUAGCUGCAAAAUAAGAUUACAAGAAUGGGAGCAUUUCUCCAUUAAGCAAAUCUAAAAUGGUGACAUUUGGGGUGACAUCCCCCUCCAAUAAAAAACCAUUGGAAAGGGCUUGGAGACAUUUCAGCUGCCUUUACCAUAGGCUAGAGCACUUUCCAGCUUUCUUUAUUAACAUAGGCUAGAUCCCUUUUCAGCCUAGCUACUUUUCAGUCCUAAAAAAGAUUUAAAAAUUACAAGCCUAAUACUGAACUUUCCCGCAAGGUGAUUGUCAUCACUAAUGUCUUCAAAAUGUUCCGUUUCCUCUCUGCAGUUGGAAAAACACUAUGGAGAAAUCUGUGAGUUCUGUGGCAGCCCACUGAGAAAUUAUCCGUCAUUUGAAAGUCUAGAACAAAUAGCAGAAUAUGGAAACGUAAGUAAUGGGGAAAUCAUCCUAAUGGCAUCGCUACAAAGUCAAGGGCGACAAAGUCAAGGGCGCGAGAUAACUGUAGGAUCUUGCCUUCCAGCUUUUCUGUUGCCAGCAAUGCAGAGAUCUUCACGAGUUCAUUGUCAAUGAAAAAAAGCGCUAUGCGAAGGAAGGAGUUCAGCUGAUUGAUAUCACCACUAAGCAGGUCGAAGGAACUGCGGAAGAGAGGAAAAAAGCCAGAGAAAGAGCUCGCCAAAGGUAUUGCCAGUCGGUUGGUGUACAUGCUAUUUUCAGGAACAAUUUUGGUAUCGUUUGGGGCAAGCAUUUCUGAAGUGUUUUGCAAGGAAGAGCAGGGUAAUGAUUACAGUGGUACCUUGGUUCUCGAACGGCUUGGCUCCCAAAAAAAUUGGCUCCCAAGCACUGCAAACCCGGAAGUAAGUGUUCCAGUUUGCGAACAUUUUUCAGAAGCCGAAUGUCCAACAUGGCUUCCGUGGUUUCCGACUGAGUGCAGGAAGCAGCCAAUCGGAAGCCGCACCUUGGUUUUCGAACGGCUUCGGGAGUCGAACGGACCCUCGGAACAGAUUAAGUUUGAGAACCAAGGUACCACUUUGGUUAUAUUGAGUUUUGAGCUUUCCUGCUACUUCAGGAGGUCUGGCCCUGAUUCAUAGGCUUUAGCUAAUUGUUACACACAAACAUGUGCAGUCAAACUUUCUGUUAUAGAAAAAGACGUCACUGAGCAAGGCCAGGGUGAUCUGCAGCAGAGGAGCAUCUCUUCGGUUUCAGUGGCUGAAAGAUCAGCUAGUCACCUUGCCAGCCCUCCAAGAGCAUCUGGAAUUCAACGUUUAAGAAAUUGGGGGUUCAUGCCACAUACGUUUUGAUUUUGCAGGUUGAAGGAGAAACAAAUGGCCCAACAGGCUGUCCACCUCCCAAGAGAGAAAGCAGAGAGAGAAAAGGACGUCUCUCCAACUCAUGUCUUUGACUGUGAGUUCUAAUUUUUCUGCAAGUUAUCAUGGACAGUACUCAUUAGUGGGUGAAACCAUGAGAAUGGCUCUUACAUAGCAGAGAUUGAAAAUGGCACAUAUUCACUCUUACACUAGAAUCUUGCCCUGUCCCCAGCCAGAUGAUGGCACUUGUAGUUCAACAACAUCUGGAGGGUCAGAGUUACCCAUCCCUGGAUUAAAUAGUCUCUUGGGUCAGAUCUAGCAUGUUCCUACUACUACUAUUACUACUACUACUACUACUACUACUACUACUAAUAAUUUAUUUAUACCACGCCCAUCUGGCUGGGUUUCCCCAGCCACUCUGGGAAGCUUCCAACAAAAUACUAAAAUACAAUAACCUAUUAAACAUUAAAAGCUUCCCUAAACACGGCUGCCUUCAGAUGUCUUCUAAAAGUUUGGUAGUUAUUUUUCUCUUUGACACCUGGUGGGAGGGCGUUCCACAGGGCAGGUGCCACUACCGAGAAGGCCCUCUGCCUGGUUCCCUGUAACUUGGCUUCUUGCAGCGAGGGAACCGCCAGAAGGCCCUUGGCACUGGACCUCAGUGUCCAGGCAGAACGAUGGAGGUGGAGACGCUCCUUCAGGUAUACUGGACUGAGGCAGUUUAGGGCUUUAAAGGUCAGCACCAACACUAUGAAUUGUGCUCGGAAAUGUACUGGGAGCCAGUGUAGGUCUUUCAAGACCGGUGUUAUAUGGUCUCGGCGGCCACUCCCAGUCACCAGUCCAGCUGCCGCAUUCUGGAUUAGUUGUAGUUUCCGGGUCACCAACACACCUAGAUAAGAGAUGUGCAUUGUAUUUUUUUUUAACUCUCUGUUUUAUUGUUUCAGGUUAGUAAACAGGUUCAUUUAAGACUCUUAAUAUAAACAUACGUUGUAAUUUUUACCUUAGCUGCUAAUCCAAUUUGUGUUGCUGCUGUGUUUUGUUAUAAUUUCUUUAUUCGUUUUUAACUCCAUUAUAGUGGUUUUUAAUUUCAUAUUGGGAGCCAUGCUAAUAAUUUGUAUUGAAAAGCAAGCUAUUAAAAACCCAAAUGAAACAAAAUAAAUCUGAACUAAAUUGAAAUUGGUUUUUGUUCUACUUAGUUCAAGUUUAUUGAAUAACCUUUAUUGAACAACAUUCUGUGCUGCUUCAUGUUCCCUAGAUACUCGGCAACUCAGCACCAUUUCCUACUGCCUGUCCCAAUAUAGACCUUCUAUAACGGGCUGGACAAAGAUGCCUCUCCAGGGAAUUAAAUUCCGAAGUCCCACGAGCCAAGACGCUAGCUACAGCAUCUCUAGCUGUGAUUUCACUAUUGCAGGUGGAAAGGUAAGCACCUGGAUUUUCUUGCACUGGAACCCCAUUAAUGGACCUGCUUCUUCUUCCAGGAUAAAAACAUUCAUAGGACAGAGCAUUCUGCAUUUGACUAUGGCAACAGCUGCACCACACAUUUAAAGCACCAUAAUACCACUUUUUUUAGGGAUGCGGGUGGCGCUAGGGACGCGGAUGGCACUGUGGGUUAAACCACUGAGCCUAGGACUUGCAGAUCAGAAGGUCAGCGGUUCGAAUCCCUGCGACGGGGUGAGCUCCCGUUGCUCAGUCCCUGGUCCUGCCAACCUAGCAGUUUGAAAGGAUGUCAAAGUGCAAGUAGAUAAAUAGCUACCGCUCCAGUGGGAAGGUAAACGGCGUUUCUGUGCACUGCUCUGGUUCGCCAGAAGCGGCUUAGUCAUGCUGGCCACAUGACCUGGAAGCUGUACACCAGCUCCUGCGGCCAAUAAAGCAAGAUGAGCUCCGCAACCCCAGAGUCGGUCCCGACUGGACCUAAUGGUCAGGGGUCCCUUUACCUUUACCUUUAAUACCACUUUAACAGUCAUGGCUCCCCACCCCCACAUCCUGGAGACUGUCAUUUGUUAAAGAUGAUGAGAGUUCUUAGAAGACCCCUGUUUCCCUCCCAGAACGACAAUUCCCAAAGUGAUUUAACCACCAGUCCCUCUUCCUAUGGAAUUCUGGGAUUUGUAGUUCUAUCAGGGAUGCUGGAGCAGCAGACUUCCUGCACUGGCAGAGGGCUGGGUUUGAAGCCACUUUCCAACUCUAGGGUUCCACCUUUUGUAUGGGCAGUGAUUGGUUUUGGAAGGGUCUUUAGCUGCUGGCAGAAUGCAGGCUUGAAUGUUUGCCUAUGUAACAUCCAACAUUGGUUGCCACGGAGGACAGGCCUGCGACCGCUUGACUGAGAUCUUGCACUCUGGUGCCCCCAUUCCCAGAACUGUCAACUAUUAACCGUCACUUGGCUACAGGAUCACAGAGCUGGGAGGCAGCAGGUGUGACUAGAAACUCAUCAAAUCAUAGAAGGAGAAAACUGGGAAGGGACAAUUCAGUCGGGCAGCGUAGCUUUUUGUUACCUAAUCCCACCACCCUUUUUGCAUAGUGACCUUUUUCUUCUUCUUGCCUUUUGUAUACUAAUUCUCCUGAAAACAAAAUAUUGUUUUAAAGUACGUGUCUUGUUUUCCCUUCGUGUGCAGUUGCUGAAAAAUCAGUUCUUCCAGCAAUACUACAAAAACGGUGUGAAGUUUCUUACCAUGUUUCCAGAUGGCAGUGCACAAAUAUUGUAUCCUUUUUGUGGUUUUGGUUUUUUUGACUUGUGGCGAUAUCUGAGGCGCAUCUUUACGUUAUUAAGGGUAUAAUUCAGCCAAAGCUAAGCACAUUUUAAGUCCCAUCAAUUUCAUUGUGAAAAGGUUAAGAACUCAACUCAAAUUCAACUAUGCAUGUAACUUUACCUCACCUUUUAACCACCCUGUCAUGGUCACAGUCAAUAUUGUGGUAAAGAGGAUGGUUUUUUCCUAUUUCUAUCUAUGCUUAUACAAGAGGAGCAGAUUCCCGUCCUCCUUAGUAAUAUUGUGAAUGUUGGACCAAGGAAUUAGUGCUUUACAAAGCUAUAAGGAAGUGAUCUUUGUUCUUGCAAAUAUCAGGGCUGCUAUACUGUUUUGUUUCCAAUCAGUGCAUGUCCCAUAACUUCCCCCUGAAAUCCUGUAACUUUUUAUACCACAAAUGUUACAGGGUCUUUUUGUCCCGCUUUGCUUGGGCUGUAGUGCGAGAGUAACGCCCCCGCUGAUGGCAGUAAUGCAAUACCGUUGGAGAAAUAUUACAAAACUAAUAAAACAGAAUAUGUGGAUGUUCCAGUAUAAAUCCACCACUAUUACUGUAUCAGUGACGCAUUGCAGAAUGCACCUGCGGAAAAUCACUGGUCUGGAGGGGUCCCAAUUGUCCACAUCCUGGGACUUGGAAAAGAGCAGCUAGUACAGGUUAUUAGUAAGCUAUUAACUAUGCAAUCCUAAAGCCAUCAAGGACAGUGGUUCUCAAAGGGUGUGGUGCGCCCCUGGCACUGGUGUGGCAGGAAGAUUCAAGGACAAUCAAAGAAACAUUUAAAUAUUUCAGUGCAGUGCAGUAUAGUAUAGUAUCAAAAUAAUGUUUUUAUUUCCAGAAUAUGGAUAGAUAUUCAGGAGCACUGGCUAUUCUUCUACAGUUCUCCAGAAUCUAUUGUCAGCAAGGAUUUUCAAUUAAUAUGAAAGAUCAGAAAAGAGAAAGACUUCUUUGUGUUGAUGAGAUGAGAGUUUGUUUGUCUGUCUCAGAUUAGGCCGAAGAAGCAAGCUCACACUUCUCAUUGAGUUUGUAUGCCUACUUAAUGUAAAAGGCUUGUUUAUAAUUAUAUUUGGGGAACAACCCCUGUUCUUAUGUAGCUGCAUCCUUUUAUACUUUCUGGAUGUCCCAUGGCCAUAUUAUAAAAAAGUUGUGUUCUGUGUUAUAAAUCAGGCACCACAAAGAGUCGUUUCUUUUUGUUAUGCAGUGUAUUUCUUAUCAGUUAGAAAAGCAGUGAGCUAAUUUUUAACCUGAAAGUGUUGCCCGGAGAAAAAAGUUGGAGAACCUCUGUAAGCCACACCGAAUUCAGUGGAAUAUAACUUCUCAGUAGGUGUGUACAGUGGUGCCCCGCAAGACGAAUGCCUCGCAAGAUGGAAAACUCGCUAGACGAAAGAGUUUUCCGUUUUGGAGGUGCUUCACAAAACGAAUCUCCUAUGGGCUUGCUUUGCAAGACGAAAAUGUCUUGCGAGUUCCUGCGGUUUUUUCCCCCUUUUCCCCCCUUUUUCUAAGCCGCUAAGCCGCUUAUCUGCUUAUCCGAUAAGAUGAUAAGCCGCUAAAAGCCGCUAAAAGCCGCUAAUAGCGCUAAUAGCGCUAAUCCGUCAAUGGGCUUGCUUCGCAAGAUGAAGAAACCGCUAGACGAAGAGACUCACAGAACGGAUUCUUUUCGUCUUGUGAGGCACCACUGUAUAGUGUUGCACUGCAAAGGCUUUAAAGGCUAUUAAUGGCUCAUAACUGAGUCUGGGGGGAAAUGGGUGACCAUGCUACUAGAUAAAGGUGAAGAUGGAACUAGAUAAAAAGAAGCAUUUUCCAAACUCCAAGCCUGGCAACCACAUUUUGGACCAGUUGAAGGAUUUUCCUAGGAGCUACUAUUACACUUUAUCUAUUGAAGGUGGUGAGAUUUUGCCGCAAUCUUAGCCACUCUGUUUUGCUACCACACAACCCUGGAAGGGGUAGUAACAGUGUUUGUUUGUGGUUGUUUGCUUGUUUUUAUUGAAUAUUUUAUUGGGUUACAGAAGUACACAUAGUGUUUCUGGUGUUUGUUGUGAUAUGGGUGCAAAAGCAUAGCAGAAAGUAGGACUGAGUCGUUCAGAAGUGGUAUCCAAGAACACACACGCACACAAAGAACUAAUGAGUUAAAGCCAUGCACACACCUUGAUAAUGCGGCAAUGUUCCUAAGCAUGUGAAUGGGCCCAUUGGAACCUUAUCUACAUACAGCUAUCCCUCUGGAAAUCUGGCGAUUAUCAUUGUACGGAGGAAUGAGGGCACAGGCUAUGUUGCCAUAGUACAAGACGACAAGCCUGAGAAUGCAGAAAUCCAAGCAGUGUUCGAUUCCUGUGGCAAUGGGACUUGCUAUCAUUCAAAUGGAAAUGUGUGGUACGUUCAGUUCAAUCAGUUUGCUCUUGUUGUUUUACGUUUAGGUUGUAAAAUGUAUACCAGUGUUUUGUACUUAAUUUGAAGGGUGAUCAGGACCUCGUUUUCUAAUUCAAAAACAUGCUGUGUCCUUUGUUAACCAAACGGCAAAUACAGAAUACUGGAGGUUACUGGUGAAUGUAAAAAUUCCAACUGAACUUUUAAAAUGGAUUUCCCGCUGAGAAAACCAAAAGAAUUGGAAACUUGAGAGCCAUUUUGAAAGGUUCACAUGGAUUUCCCGCCAAGAAAACCACAAGAAUUGGAAAUUUGAGAGCCAUUUUGAAAGGUUCAUGUUUGUUCCCAGAAUAGUCACGUGUUUCAGCCCUGCUGUGAGAAAGGGAAGUUAUAAGACAGAAUGGUGUUUUAGCUGCUGGGCCGUGGCUUCCUUUCAGCAGAGGCAGGCUGGCAGAAUUAGCAGCAAGAGGAAGAGGUUAGCAUCUGAGCAAGGGACCAGGGACCAUGGCUGAAUGCCAGUCAGGGACGGAGAAGUAAGCUGGGUGCAAGAACAGCCUGACAGGAAGAUGUUCAGUACAUGAGGUUUGUCCCAUUGCAACAACACUGUGCUGGGAGAAACGGCAUCCUCUGAACUUGCUGAGCUCUGGGGUAUUAAAAACCCCAGAAGCCAAAAUUGUAGUUCUGCCUCCUGAUGAAAGAAAUGCUAGGUGAGAAAUUGUAUGGGUUUUAAUGAGUCGGUCAGCUCAUUAAAUACAUUUACAUUUUCCUGGAAGUAAAAUCAACCAGUGCCAGUGUGGUGUAGUGAUUAGGAGUGGUAGACUCGUAAUCUGGGGAAGCGGGUUCGCGUCUCCACUCUUCCACAUGCAGCUGCUGGGUGACCUUGGGCCAGUCACACUUCUCUGAAGUCUCUCAGCCCCACUCACCUCACAGAGUGUUUGUUGUGGGGGAGGAAGGGAAAGGAGAUUGUUAGCUGCUUUAGACUCCUUCGGGUAGUGAUAAAGCAGGAUAUCAAAUCCAAACUCUUCUUCUUCUUCAACCUUUUUUUAAAAAAGAAGACAUGUUCCUUGUUUUCGCAUUGACGAAUACCUAUGCCACAGCAACUAUAUUAGAAAAUGUACUCCCUCCUAUGUCAAAAGAGAAGGAACAACUCUUCUGGGAUGGUGUCUGUGUCAAAUUAAUUGGGGGCAGCUUGCUAGCCAGUGAAAAGGUUUUUAAUGGAAUAAUUAGUUAAACACUAUCCUAUUUAUCUAGCAAUGGAGACGAUGAUCAUAAGAGUUGGGUGGGGUAACUCUGUUAGCAGGCAGGCUGAUCUUUGAUGAGGCAAGUGACCCUGGUGUGGAGGCAAGCCAGUAUUCGGUUAUUGUUGAUCCAACCUUGGAGAUUGCCCUUGUACCUUUGCCAUUUCCCCCCUGUUUGAUUUGGCAGUACAAUGGUACCUCGGGUUACAGACGCUUCAGGUUACAUACUCCGCUAACCCAGAAAUCGUACCUCAGGGACUUCCGGGGUGGCGCCAUCGGCAAUGGCGGACUCCCUCUGAUCUGGAGGGACUAGCUCCACGCGAAACGGGUCUUUUCCGCUACGGCGAAGCGGGGACCCUUUCAAAAAUCACAGGCGGAUGAAGCCUGUGACCAUGGGACUCGGCGGGCACCUUUAGCGCCCCCCCAACCCGCAAAAGAACCCACUAACGGGCUCCAGAGCGAAGAGGGGGAAGUGGCGCGGUGCUGAGAGUCAACUGCUUCUUCCGUGGAGUGAAGCCGCACAGCCGUUGCCGGAGAGCGCUGCCUUUUUCCUGGGACAAUUUGGCUCCUAAAAUAAUCACCUGUGAGUACUUAAAUCUCGGACAAUUGGACUUUAAAUAAGGACUUGCGAGCAGAAAGGAAAAUUGGACUUAAAAGUUUAUUUCAAUUUGGCACAGAAACGGGAAGGUCUAAACAGGAAGUCAGCCUUCCGUUUCUUUGUAGAUAGAUUGAAGCAAAGACAUGGCAAACUAGAGCCCAGAAAAUCACUUGUAAAAGGUUAACUUUCAUCAUUUAAAAUUGUUGAACCCCCGUCGGAAGCAGGAGAAGAGGGGGGAAUUUUUUCGGACUGUUUAAACCUGCAGGAGUGAGUGCAAAAUAAAGUAACUUUCCACCGUCUUGAUCCUGGAGCGGGGUGUCAGGACUGACGUUUUUUGAAGCUCAUUGACCAGAGACAAACGUCUUUGACAGAUAGCUAAAAGAAGAGAAACAUAGUGAUUCCAUUGUUCCCCUUCGCAUUUUAAAGGAACAAAUAUUGACAAAAUAUCUGAAAAGGAAACUUUGUUGUCAGACUUGUCUUUAAAAGAAAGAACAAAAAGAAGUUUCCCCCUAGAGGGAGACUGUGAAACUGUAACCAAUUUCGGGGAGCUUGCAGCUGUUACUGAUUACAAUCGUGGGAAUAGACUUCUGACCUUGCAGGACAAUGUAUUUAGAAGCUCUGUUGUGUGCUCUCUGUAAAACAAAUGCCCUACUGGAACAGCUACAUGAGAAGACACACUUGAUGACUGAUGCGAUCAGAAAUUUUGAACAGGCAGCGGGAAAUUAUAUGGAGCCCACCCAGGAAUUAAAUCAGGAGUGUGCCCUGACAGAACAGAUGAGGGAAGAGGAUGUUGCUGAAUCUGGGGCGCCAGAGAUGGAGGGAGCUGUGGCCCAGCAGGAUCAUGAGCUUUUGGAUUUGACAAAUGAACUUGGAAAAAGCCAGAUUUGGAAAGAUAAAGUUUGGUCUGGUUUGGAAAUGGGGGGUUGGAUAGACCCCCCUAUGCAGGGAUGUUUGGACUUUUCAAGUCUGGCAAUGGGCCGUGAGAUGUUUGGGGUUGUGGGGGCUCUUAAUUUUGGAGGGACUUUGAAACAUGUUCUUAAAUACCAUAUGGAGUUUAGUGUGGACUAUGGAAAAUCGAGAAGGGUCAAAAACAUUGUUAAGCUGGAGUUCCCACGAGUGAAAGGAGCAGGAGACAAAGGAAAAUACAGCUAUAAACAUGAAGAAGAGCCGCGGAAGGGACAUGGAAGAGACUUAAGGGCCUCGGAUACAAGAUUACCAGGUUAAUGCGCUAGAUUGAUGGGAUAAAAAGGACUGACAAAACCCGGGACCAGGAGGAAGGGACGUUGGAUGAAGAUUGGAUUGUUUUUACUUUGUUUUUUUUAUUAUUAUUAUUAGGAUUGUCUUAUAAAAUUGAUGUUAGAAAAAUGUUGGAAUGAAAUUACUUGGCUUUAGUAAAAAUGUUUAAAGAAUUAUGUAAGAAUAUUAUGGUUAUGAGAAGUUGGUAAAAAUAAGACUUAAAUUUUAAGCUUUAAGGUUUUUUAUAGUAAGAUAAGAUUAAAAUAGAUUAAGGUAAUGUAAUGACAGAAUAUUAUGAAAUAUGGAAAGGAUUUGCUGCGACAAUUAACUACCAGGAUACAAAAAAAGGGAGGAAGAGGAGGUCAAAGAAAGAAGGUAAUGACAGUUAAGGAUUUGAGAAUGAUGGAUUUGUUUUUGAGUGUUUGUGGUGUAUUUUUGUUUUUUGAACUUGUAUUGUUUGAUGUGGUUUGUUUUUUCUUGUUUUUUCUUUUUUUUCCUGCUUUGUUCUCUUUUGUAAUUCUAAAAAAUUUUCAAUAAAUAUCAUUUUAAAAAACCAAAACAGAAAUAGUACCUCAGGUUAAGAACUUUGCUUCAGGAUGAGAACAGAAAUCGUGUGGCGGCAGCGGGAAGCCUCAUUAGCUAAAGUGGUACCUCAGGUUAAGAACAGUUUCAGGUUAAGAACGGACCUCCGGAACGAAUUAAGUUCUUAACCCGAGCUACCACUGUAUCUGGAUGUGAAUAUAUUUUCAGACAAGGGCUUGGGCUGUACAGCCAGGUUUCACCCCCUUCCCGUUCGGAGGUCCUCUCAAGUUGUUAUUUUCCACAUUUAGGAUAAAUGUUACGAUUCGAGGAGGACAUUAUUCGGACGAAGCUGGCAACAAAGUGAAAACGUGGAUCUGGCCCAACAAUUUGCAGAAGUGCGUCUCGAGAGCACCGUUUAAGCCAGUCUUUCUAUCCUUGAACCAGAACAUUGGUGUCAGGAUAGUUGAGCAAGACAGAGUAGCCAUUUCUUUCCUUGCAAACGGCAAGCAGGCAAAAAUCAACAUAGGAGCAAAAGUAAAGGUACUUUAUUUCAGAGUUAAUAUGGAGGAGGGUGGAUGAGUUUACAUGUUCUUAAGGCACAGCUGAACAAGAGAGGGUGGGAUUGUUUGGGGGGGUAAAUAUAGAAAACGUUUUUGAAAAAAGGAAUGGAGCAGUUUGCUUCGAACUUACAGAGCUACUUGAAAAACGAAGUUAAAUUGGCCAAAGACUGACACAUAGUUUAUCUGGUUUGUACAAGACAAUGUCUAUAGUUCAGCAUCACUUGACCAAAUAAACCAAAAUGUCAGUCAGGUGGAAGUUGGGGUUCCCCCCCCCCUCUAGUGAACAAAAAGAGGGAAACAAAUUAUAAAUUCAAAAAGAUUUAUGAAAGCAUUUACAGAGAUGAAUUUGUAUAAUCAAGAAUUCAGGCUGAGACUCAAAUGAUGUGGCUUAUAGGAUAAGUUAAGAAAAAAGCAGACUGAGAACAGGCCAAGGAAGAAUAUUAUAUAAAACUUUAAAAUUAAAAAUCUAGUAGGUAGAACACUCUUCAGCCAUGAAGUUUAAAAAUUCCUUAUGUAAUCUGAUCCAUGCAGAUUAUCAGUGUGCCCAUAACUGUUCUUGAACUUCUCUCAAGCGCACAUUGCUUAGCAAUAUAGUUCCAUACAUUAAAUUUCAGCAAAUUUGAAAAUGAGAGCAGGAACGGCAUGCUUUUUUUUUUAACAGGGAGCACAGAAAAUAGCAGUUUUAAGAGAAUAAAAGGACAUUGGGAUGGAUCCAUCUAAGUUCUAUUCAUAGUAGAUCCAUUGAAAUUAAUGGACCUAAGUUAGCCAUUCCCAUUAAUUUCAAUGGGUCUACUAUGAGUAGGAAUAAUAUUGGACAUAUUAGCAAAUGUCAGAGAAUCCUGCCCUUCUUGAGGUUUCAGCAAAUGUGGUGCCCAUGUGCAUGCAAAGAGGGAGGCUUCUGAAAUACUCAUCUGACCUGAGUUGGUUUUAUGCCUUUUGCUAUUUCUGCAGUUUUAAUGAGGUUGAAUAAAAAUAGGGUUGGUGGUUUUUUUUUAAAAGCAACUUUUAAAAGAAAGGCUUUGGGAAGGGAAAACUGAAGGUGGCUCAUCCACUUAAUUCCAUGUUCUCAUGUGGGUAGAAAUUAGUGCUCUUUGAACUCCUCAUUCCUUUUCCAAUUUGUUUUUGGCUUGUUUUUUUGUUUUGUUUUUUACAUUAUUUCCCCUCCCACUGGGAAGCAUAAGAGGAAAAUUAAAGUGAACCAACAAUGCCAACUUCAGGGCUGGCGUAGUUAACCCCUGGUCUGAGGGCAUGCCAGGGAAUGGGGAAGUUUUCCAAACCACCCUCUUUUUAGCCUUGCCAACAUCAACAAGGUCUGACCAUCAGUAAAUUCCAGAUAAGAAGAGGGAAUCUGGUCCUUGCCUCUCUUCACACUCAGAGAGAAAUAAGACUGCUACGUUGGUCAGUCUCACAGUAACACUGAUUUAAUUUCCCUUGAUUUAAAACAAUACUCACUGUUAGGUUUCUUUCCCUGUGUGACCUUUCUGACUUUCUGCAAGCGAGAACUGCCAUGUGACUUGGGAACUACAUUAACUCGUUGAUUUUUUGCUUCCUUAAAAGCCGCUCGCUGAGCAUCACCCGUGGCCGAAGUUUGUGUCUGAAGAUGACCUCUUCCUGUUUGCCUGCCGGAUAAAGAUUCUCCGCAUCUUUGCUAAACUGCAAGGGUGUUUAGAUUUUCCUAACAACGACUGGUGGGCUAAGCUCCAGCUGCCUUCAUUUCUUUUCACUAAGGCUUUGAAGUUAAUGAACCUUUGUAAGGAAUGUGAAAUAAGUUCUGCUCUGGACACCUUAAUCAUGGAAACAUUAAAUUCACCAGCCUGAUCAUGAUUAUGUUAUGUGAA